UAUACUUUGAUUGUUUGUUAACUUUUUUUAAAUUUUAGCGCUUUAAUUUGUUGGCAUUACAAUUUUUUAAUUUAAACACCAGCCAUGUCCUUAUCGACCAGACCUAGAAGACGAGCUGCUACUAAAGUAACAAGUAUUAUAGAAUUAUCAGAUAGCGAUGAAAAUGAGGGAGCAUCACCAGAAAAAAGACAACGUACCAUAAAGGUAAUUGCGAAAGAAUCUACCAGAACUCGCGCAGAGAAGGCUUCCUCUUCUAAAGAGAAAAAGGAACCUAAACCACGUAAACCCAGAGGAGAUAAAAAAUCUAAAGAAUCGUCUAAAACUGAUGAGAAUACACCACCAAAUGUUGGCGAAAGUAAUGACAAAGAUGAUGAUGCUGACGAGGUACAAGAGAUAAGAGAUUCACCUGCUAGAGAUGUAACAGAUGGCCAGUGUUUGGAGCCAGAAGCACUAGAUACUAGUUGUGGUUUAAAUAAUGAAAGUAUGUAUGACGAACAACCACGUGUUAGUAGACACCAAGGCAGAAAUAGUUUUUGGGCACGCCGCAAGGUGUGGACUAUUGAUGAACUAUUGGCCGAAACUACUAACAUUGAGCCGCGUGCUGCCCGUAAUAUUGUUCAACUGUUCGAAAAUGAAAAUACUAUCCCCUUUAUUUGUCGUUAUCGUCGCGAUUUGGUCGAUCACAUUGAGCCGGAAAAGUUGCGUGACAUUAAGAACAGUUAUACGGAAAUUGUUAAUUUACGUAAAAAAGCGGAGACGAUCGUGACACAGCUGGAAAAGGAAAAUGUUAUCGAUGAGGAAAUUCGAACGGAAAUGUUGUGUGCCAAAACCACUGAGGAAUUGGAGUUUUUGUAUGCACCUUAUAAACCAGCCAGCAAAGGUUCAUUAGCUGAAAGAGCUAAAGCUUUGGGGUUAGAACAAUAUGCAGAUCGUUUACUCUACGGAGAACUGCCACAAGUUUCUACACGGCAACUAGUAGAUCGUAAGAAUCCCGAUAUGGAUACGGAAGAAAAAGUUAUAACUGGUAUAUGCCACAUUAUAUCACACAAUAUAAGUAAACAUACUGGAGUUUUGGAAGAAUUAAGAAGAUUGCAAAAGGUCCAUCGUAUAGUUUUAAAAACUUCAAAAGUUAAAACACCCACAGGCAAAGAUAAAGAUUCAUCAACAGCUUCAACUUCCUCACACGGCCACGGUGGUCAUGGUAAUAAUAAAAAUGAUGCUUCAAAAUAUGAAACCUAUUAUGACUAUCAAAAUGAUGUACGCUAUAUGAAACCACAUCAAAUUUUGGCCAUAAAUCGUGCUGAAAAACUUAAAUUUCUUUCGGUUAAAAUUAUUAUAGCCGAUUAUGUGCGCAAGGAUAUAGAACGUUAUGUGCGCGGUAUAUUUAUGGAAGAGGGUGAAAAGUAUCCUUUAAGAUUUGAAGUUUUCAAUAAAGCCUUCGAGGAAUGUUAUACGAAAAAAUUGCAACCCUUAAUGACUCGUCAAAUUAGAUCAGAUUUAAAUGAAUCGGCCAAAAAGGCCUCUAUAGAUGUUUUUGCCAAAAAUCUUAAACAGUUGCUGUUAAUGUCUCCUUUAAAGGGAGAACGUAUUUUGGGUAUAGAUCCCGGAUUCACGAAUGGUUGCAAAUAUGCCGCCAUCUCGGAAACAGCAGAUGUUUUGGAAACUGGGGUAUUGUAUCCACAUAAACGUAAUACAGAUCCCGAAAAGUGGGGUGAAGAAUUGGCAAAAAUAUUAUUAAGGCAUAAGAUUAAUAUCAUCGCUUUAGGUAAUGGCACAGCUUGUCGUGAAACAGAAUUUUGGCUUUCGAAACUUUUUGAAUUGGGAAUAUUAGAUUCAGCUAACGUACGCUAUAGUAUAGUAUCCGAACAGGGUGCCUCUAUAUACUCAUGUAGUGAAGUAGCUAAAAAAGAAUUUCCUAAUAUGGAUAUGAAUGAAAUAAGUGCUGUAUCCAUAGCAAGGCGUUUAAAUGAUCCAUUAAGUGAAUAUGUUAAAAUCGAACCACGACACAUUGGUGUGGGCAUGUAUCAGCAUGAUAUAAACGAAAAACAACUGACAGAAUCCCUAAAUGAAGUGGUAUCGGAAUGUGUGAGCUAUGUGGGUGUUGAUAUAAAUUCGGCCAGCAUAACGGUGCUUAAACACAUUGCCGGUUUGACGGAGAAAAAAGCUGAGAAAAUUAUACAGCAUCGUUUGGAAAAUGGUUUAUUUCGUACACGCAAGGAUUUACUGCAAGUUAAAUCUAUUGGAGAAAAGACUUUUGUACAAUGUGCUGGUUUCAUUCGCAUCGAUCCUCGCAUUUUGGGAUGUACUAUAUAGAGAAUUUGUUGGAUUGUACUGGGUGCAUCCGAGAGUUAUGCAUGGCUAAAA